CCUGCGUCGGCGCCAAAGCGGCAGGAUGGAGGAGGUGCCUCAGGGCUGUCCCGGAACCGGCACCACCCAGGCUGGCCGCGGGGCCUCGUGCCAGGGAUGCCCCAACCAGAGGUUAUGCGCUUCGGGAGCCGGCGCCGCUCCAGAUCCGGCCGUAGAGGAAAUCAAGGAGAAGAUGAAGAGCGUGAAGCACAUCAUCUUGGUGUUGUCUGGGAAAGGCGGUGUUGGCAAAAGCACAUUCAGCGCCCACCUGGCCCAUGCCUUGGCGGAGGAUGAAAACACGCAGGUCGCGCUCCUGGACGUGGAUAUAUGCGGGCCGUCCAUUCCCAAGAUAAUGGGGCUGGAAGGAGAGCAGGUUCACCAGAGUGGCUCGGGCUGGUCCCCUGUGUUCCUGGAAGACAACCUGGGGGUGAUGUCGGUGGGGUUCUUGCUGGGCAGUCCUGACGACGCCGUCAUCUGGAGGGGACCAAAGAAGAAUGGCAUGAUCAAGCAGUUCCUCCGAGACGUGGACUGGGGGGAGGUCGACUACCUCAUCAUUGACACGCCGCCUGGAACGUCGGAUGAGCACCUGUCGGUGGUCCAGUACCUGACGGUCGCCCGCAUCGACGGGGCGGUGAUCAUCACCACGCCUCAGGAGGUGUCGCUCCAGGACGUCCGGAAGGAAAUCAGCUUCUGCCGCAAGGUGAAGCUGCCCAUCAUCGGGGUGGUGGAGAACAUGAGCGGCUUCGUCUGCCCCAAGUGCAAGAAAGAGUCUCAGAUAUUCCCGCCGACGACAGGGGGUGCGGAGGUGAUGUGCCAGGAUCUGAACGUCCCCCUCCUGGGCAAAGUGCCCCUGGACCCACACAUAGGUAAGAGUUGUGACAAGGGACAGUCUUUCCUGACCAGCGCGCCAGACUCGCCAGCCACGCUAGCCUACAGAAGCAUAAUUCAAAGAAUCCAAGAGUUCUGCAGCCUGUGUCAGCCCAAAGAAGAGGACCUCCUCCCUUCCUGAACACAGAAGGAUGCAGGUGGCCCUGGGACGCGUGGGCAUCACAGGGAGGGACCGGCCUGGUGGAAGGCCCUUUUUCAGAUUUCAUUCUCUAGUAUUUGUAUGCUUUUCUUUAGAACAUGUGUAAAGGGCUUUCUUCCAAACGUGCUGCUUAAAAAUUAAAAAUGUUGGCCCCUCCCUGGGAGCGCACCAGGUUAGGACACAACACUGCAAGCCGGCUGCAGC